CUCAAAUCAACAAACCAGGGAGGAAGACCUAUCAACAAGUUUCCAGUUGAUAGAGCUGCCAAAGUCCAGUCCAUACUUGCCUGAUGGAGUGAAUAGUGUCACUAUGUCUCACAGACUGACCAAAGAGCAGCUGGAUGAAGAGUUUGAGCUGUUCCUCAAAGAGUCUGUUUCAGAUGACUCUGACAAGCAGCCUGGAGCUAAAAGCAGUCAUAAACCAGCCCAGAAACCAACUGUGUCUUGGUGGAAAGAUGACAAACACAGCGCUGGAGGAACAGGGAGAGGACUGCUGGGAUCUGGGAAGACUUUCAGGAAGUCUUUGGGGAGAUCUGUUGGAGUGGAGGAUGAGGAUGCAGGAGACACUGGUUCAAAGGAAGACAGCCUGGAGGCAGCUGUUCUCAGCAGAAACAACCUAGUGAAGAUACCAGCUGCGGAGACAACAGCACUCGGCUUGGACACUAUAGAGGAAGAAGAGGAGAAAGCCAAGUUCUUUGCCCAACUAGAAGCAGCGGCUCUAACUACUAUAGAUUACUCCAAGCUAAACAGAGAGCUGGACUCAACAAGUUCCACUACUGGAACUACUCACCUCAGGGAAGCUGAGGAAGUAGCUGAGCAGAGUAAUGGUGAUCCAAAAAAGUCUGGAGUCACAGAGACCGUCAGGGAGUCUCCAGCCUUUGCAGGAUUUCCAAAUUACAGUGAGGAUUUUGAAGAAGAGGAGAAUCAAAAAGAGCCACGUGAUGAGGAGCCUAAAAUGUCUCCAAUCCUUGCAAAAGUUUCUCUCCAUGAUUCCCUGGAUGACACAGGUAGAGACAACAGAAGAAAGGACGCUGCAGGGUCACUGGACAAAGGCCAGUCAUAUGUGCAGAGUGGAGGCUCAGAGAUGGAAGCUCUUCAUGAGGCCUACAGGCAGAUCCAUGUGGUGGAAGAUUCAGAUGACCAUAAUCCCAGAUAUUCAUUUUUGAAAGGGACGGAGAGAACGAGCAGACCUGUGUUUCCAUCUUCCCCUCCUCCACAUUCAUCUCUUCAGCAUGCUUCUACCAAUGAAUCAGAGCUCCCCACUGCAGAGGAGCUGAUGAGACCCAUCCAGCCAGAGAAGGGCAAUAUCAGGGGCUUCACCCUCCAUCCUGUCAGUGCUGCAGGACUUGAUGGAGAAAAGACACCCAGCUUCUUGGAAACAGCGUUCUCAGACGUAACUUCUCCAGAGUCACAGCUGAAGCAACCAGAAAAGGCCGACUGUGUCCAAGUGGCAGAAAGAGGCGAGGGGUUGACUCGCCCCCCCUCCAGCCCCCCAGAGCCUCUCAACCUCACACGGAGCAUCAGACAGGAAGUAGAAAGGCUGAUGCAGGAUCACAACAAAUAUUCUCCUUACACGUCCUCCGAGGCCGGCAAAGCUAAGAAACAGCAGGCCUCCCACGGCUCCACUACUUUUCAUUCCUCUACAUCUUCACUGAGAAAACCCACUGUGGCCUCUGUGAGAGGCAGGAGACCGGAGGGGAGAGCAGCAUCGAGGCUGAGUGGAGCUGCAGCUAAAGCCCAAACCCAGUCUGCUGCUCCCCGUCCUCGGCAGCAUCCACAGGAAAAACCCAAAUUUACAAAGAGCCAAGAAAAAGAUGAAUACACAGAGCCAGAUGUGAAGGUGAGCAGUGAGCUGGUGGCGUCUGUUCAGUCCUUAGUGGCUGUUAUCCAGCAGCAGGUAGACAUCAGCAGCCACCAGGACCCAAACACACAGAACACCAGACAGACACUUCCUCAUCCAAAUAACAAGAGGGAGGACAAUGGCUCCGUGGUGGAGGAGCUCAGAGUCCAGCUGGCUGAGAGAGAGAAGGAGCUGCAGAUGAUGAAGGGAGGUGCAGAGGAGCUCAACUCACUCAGGAGGCAGAACUAUGUACUGCAGAGCAAGCUGCAAAGUGCAGAAGAAGCCAGUCAGAAGAGGAAACGGGCCGAAGCCACGGACUCUGCUGCAGAAGAAAAGCUCAAAGAAAUUGAAAAAGAAAUAAAAGAGCAGGAGACUCUCAUAAAAGGUUACCAGCAGGAGAACGAGAAGCUGUUUCUGCAGGUGAAGGCUCAGCAGGUUAAGAGUAAAACCAACGAGGAGGCCAUGUUUCAGGAAAACCAGAGGCUGCUGAAUGAGCUGGCUUUCACAAGGGAGCAGCUCUAUAAAACCCCGAGGAUGGAUCACACUCAACGCAUUACAGACUUGUUAGCUCAAGUAAACAUGUUUCAGAGGACUGAGGCCAAGCUGUCUGAGGACAUCCACAGACUGAAGCAGGAGAAGCAGACUCUGCAGGUCGACCUGCUGCUGAUGAAGAAAGAGAGGGACGUAGCCAGAGCUCAGGCUGUGUCUGCCUCAGGUGACAAGACUUUAGAGCAGAGAGUGUUGGAGGACGAGCACAGGGAAGGAGUGUCAGCCCUGCAGAAGAAGCUGCAGCGGUUUGCUGAAAACCAGAAACUGCUGGACAGAGACGCUGGGAGACUGAAGGCUGCUACAGCUGAGAUACGCCAACUCAAGGAGCAGGUGGAAAAACUGAAAAUGGAUGUGGGCAAAAGAAGCAGUGAGCAGCAACGAAAGCUCAAAGAGAAAACAGCGGACACGAAGAGGAUGCAGGAGCUCCAGCAGCAGGUGAAGGACCUGAAGCAGAUUCCAAGAUCUAGAAACCAGAACUCCCUGCAUGCAGCCAAGGCUGGUAGUCAAGACGACCUGGCGACCAGGACGCCCCUCAGCAGGAUCAACGCCCUGCUGGAGCGCCGGGUCCAGAGUCUGGAGGCCGAGCUGGAGAGCCACGAUGAGAAGACCAAGAGCAGCCUGUUGGCCAUGGAACAGCAGUUUCACAGGGUUAAGUUGCACUAUGAGCAGCAGAUCACAGAGCUGGAGCAGCUGCUUGAACAGAAAGGAGAGGUGGAAGCAGCAGAUCCAGCAGCUGGAGCCGAGCCGUGGAGGUCUCAGGUCCAAACUCUGGAGGAAGAGCUUCAGAGUGUGAGGGAAAACCAUCAAGAGAAAGAAAAAUCCCUCCAGGACCAGAUCGAGUCCCUCCAGCAGCAGCUCAAACAAAAGAUCCUAACUAGUCCAGGCCGCCACCAGCGCCAGGCCGAGGCAGCGUUCGGCUCCCGGAUACAGCGUCUGGAACAAGACCUCGCCUCCAAGACACGGAGCGUUCAGGAGCUCUCCCGCACCGUGGAACGACUGCAGAAGGAGAGGAAGAACAUGCUGAGUGUCUCCAACCAACGAGCAGAAACCAGAUCUACAGAGACCAAACGACCACCAGGCCAGACCAGAACUCCCUGUCCUGCUGCAGCAGAGACAUUCAGAGAGGAAGAAACUUUUCCAGAUGCUCAUCAUGAGAAGACCUACCAGCCCACCGUCUUUACAGGCAGUCAUAUCUCAGAGGUUCAGCAGGAGAACGAGGCUCUGAAGCAGCGGCUGAAGCUGCUGGAGCUGCAGACUGAGCAGGAGAGGGAAGCAUUAAAAGCCGAAGCUGUACAAGCCAAAGAGGAACUGUGCAGGCUAAAGGAGCUCUCUGCAGAGCAGCUGUCCUCCGUUAAAGAAGAGCACCUCAGGGUGUUGGACCAGCUGAGUGCCAUCCACGCCCUGGAACACUCGUCUUCAAAGUUUGCUGAACUGGCCAAUAAGCUCAACGCUCAUGAGGUAAUGGUGAAACAUUUGCAAGACAAGCUGAAAGAGGGGCAGGGAGAUAAAAAUGCUCUGGCAAUAUCCAGGACCCGACAGGACGCUCUGCAGAAGCAGCUGACCAGACUCCUGAAGGAGCUGAAGGAAGCUAAAGAAUCUCAGAGCCCAGAAGUGAAGAUCCUGUGCAGCCUGGAGAAGAAGAUCCUCAACAUGGAGCUCAGACACCAAGUCAAAGAGAAACAGAUGCAGCAGGUGAUUGAUGGAUCCUGGCAGACAUUAGAGGCUGAUCAGCAGUCUGAGGUGGAGAGCUGGAAGCGUCUUGCUCAGGAUAAGAGCAGAGAGUUGGAGGCUUUCCGUCUGGAGCUGGACUUCAUCCUGGACAUCCUGAGACAUCUCCAGAGACAAGGAGUGGUCUUCCCCAAUCCUGACCCCUCCACCACAGUCCUCCUCACCCAGAGGAGUUAGUGCAAACAGGGUUUACUGAUGCCUGUUAGUGAAAGCUAAUGCUGGUAAUGUUGUAUUGAAGCCAAAGAUAGACAACAUAAGAAACAAUGUCUAAGCACCAGAUUGAGUUCAGGGGAAGGCUUCCCAUUGACAGCUAGUAUGAUGUUUAUCAGUCUCACUUAUCAGAGAUCCAGAUCAGCAGCUGUUUUAUCAACAGUUUGAACAUUUGAAAGCCAUGAAUCUGUAAUUAAACCAAGCACACUGAAUGUCUUUAUACACACACAUUAUUCUUGUGUAUAGUUUGUAGUUAGUUUCUAUUUUUGAUUUAAACUAUUGUAACUUAUUUAAUUAUGAAGUGAAAAUAAAUGUUUGUUUUUUAAACUGUGAUGAAUUAUAUUCAUAUUAUAUAUCCCUUUAAUGCACAGGAUGUAUUAUAUUAAUACUCUAUAUAUUCUAAGUAUAUACUCUAAAUACUCUAAUACUUAAGGGCAUAUUUAACAAGUAAUUGCUCUUUUAUGAAUGCUAAACAGUCUAACUCGAUCAGGCGGCAACCUCCGGGUCUGA